UUAAAAGUUAUGAAAUGUCGAAAUUAACAACAUGCAUGUUUCUAUCGGUUGUUAGGUUUCGGUCUACUUGUAGACCUAUCUAAAGCAAACAAUAUUUUGAAUAGAUGCCAAGUGACGUCAGAGCUACCCUUUGAUAAAGUCAACAGUGACUAGUUAUCAAUACUGGAACAACGUAAAUCGAUCAGUGACGCAUGUGUGUACACAAGUUAUGUAAAUGAAUCUUGGGUAGUUCACAUGACUCUUUUUAUAGUAGAACCAUCUAGGUUGGGAUUCACUACUCAUUCAUGCUGUUUAUUCCAUUCACAUGGUAUAUAAAAUCACAACUUAGCAAGGAUCACCAAUUAAUGAACACAUCGCAUAGCACUGUGACAGAGAAACACGUUCUGUAGCUUAUACCUACCUGUUCGAUACAAUACGUAAUUUGGUUUGUUUUUGCUGUUUUUGCUGAGUCAUGGAGGUUAUAACUAACUGUAUGGAUUAUCUAUACAUUACUGCGUGUCAAAGAGAUCAGAACAUGUUUGAAGCUGAUGAAGACGGCGACACGAUAUUGCACGUCGCUGUGAUACAGGAGGAUGUGAAACUGUGCGAGUGGUUGACUAGGUUGACGUGUGGUUCACGCUGGUUAAAUCUGGCGAACCAAGCUGCUCAGACACCCCUGCACCUGGCGGUCAUAACCAGACAGGCAGACAUUGUGAAAGUUCUAACCAAUGCGGGUGCGAGCCGUGAUGUCAGGGACUCAAACGGAAACACACCUCUUCAUAUAGCCUGUCGGGACAGUUUCCACGAAAUCGUUGACACGCUGUUGUUAAAAAAAGACACAUAUACAGAAAAAGGAAAUAAUAUCCAGAACUUGGAAAUACGAAAUUACAACGGACACACGUGUUUACAUAUGGCAGCACAAUCAUCCGACCUUUACACCAUCGACCAAUUGUUACGACACGGUGCUGACAUUAAUUCGAGGGAUGCCAAAAGCGGUAGAUCCAUCUUACAUUACGCAGCAGACACCGGAAACAGAAUAUUGGUGGAAUAUUUGUUACAGCAUGAGCGACAGGAUAUUAACUCUGUGACGUAUGCAGGGAUGUCAGCAUUGGGUUUGGCCAAUGGUCGCGGCCUCUUUGAAAUUGUUGACAUUUUAAGGAAACAUGGCGCAUUCUGGGAAGAUGUGAUAGAUACGGAUUCUGAUUAAGAAAAGAGAGACGACAAACAAACACGGUCUGUCUAGCUAGGUGAGUGAAUGAAUGAAUGGUGUCAAACUAUGGUAAUGCAGACAAAUAAAGUGAUGAUCAACAUCAAUACAAAAAUUCAAGAUUUAAAUAAAAACAGUGUAAAGAACUGUGCAAAAACACAAAUAUCACAGAUAGAUACUGACUUUUACUCUAAAUUUCAAUUUUGUGCUGUAUUGGCCAUUCUCAAAGAGAAUGUUACACCCCUGCACCACGGUGAGGUUACAACACGCGCAGGGGAGCUAGGUGAGUGAUGCAAGUUGUUAUUGUUAGAUAUAUGUACGCGAUGAGGUGGAGCCUCAUCCCCAAGACGGUGAACAUGGUUCAGAGUUAUAUAUUUCCAUAAUGAACCAAUCUUAUGGCAUACAUGUACACAUAUUGUGCAUAAAUAUAACGUAGCAUCACUUAUUAUCGCAUUAUACAUAUACGUCUGAAAAGAAGCGUGGAUUUUCCAUCAUACAUGUGCAUAAUCUUGUUCUUAUUUUUAGUGUUCUACCAAAUUCCUUUAGUUUUGAAAUACUUGUCAUUGAUACUCGUUUGUAUUGGCCUAUUGUUUUUGUACAUUAUACUGUAAUCACCUAUUUUGAAAAUAGGAUGUCCUAGCAAGCCAUUUUUGUAGCUGUAAAUUUACCAACAUGAGAUUACUUACGUUAACAACACUUUAAGUGAUUGUUAGCAAAUUUGCAUAUAUGAUUUUGUAAAAUGGUAUGUUUUUAUUUUGUAAUAUGAACUGUUAAACUUU